CGACUCGCUCACCCGACCCCACCUUUUUAUUUUUCUUUUUUAUUCGUUAAACAGAUUACGGUAUUUGUUCUCGAUCUCGCUCUCUCGUUCAUUCUCGCAACUUGAUUGCUCAGGCUCAUCCGACUGUAGGGCACUCGUCGAAACCCUAAUCUUCGGAUCAGGUCUGAGCAUUCUGGUUGUAAGGUUCCUUCAAAGUCCAUCAGCCAAUUUUCAUGUCUGAACUCGACCACCAGAUUCCUACCACUUUUGAUCCGUUUGCCGAGGCAAAUGCUGAGGACUCAGGCGCUGGGUCAAAAGAGUAUGUGCAUAUUCGUAUACAACAACGAAAUGGUAGAAAGAGCCUGACAACUGUGCAAGGGUUGAAAAAGGAAUACAGCUAUAACAAGAUACUCAAGGACCUCAAGAAGGAGUUUUGCUGCAAUGGUACAGUUGUUCAGGACCCAGAAUUAGGCCAGGUUAUCCAACUUCAAGGCGAUCAGCGGAAGAAUGUUUCCACCUUUCUUGUUCAGGUAAUUGUUAGGUUGUGGCUGGUGAUUGUAUUCGUUGAAAUUCUAUGCAUUGUGUAUAUGUGUGUAUAUGUUAUUUUUUGAGGUAACUUAAUCUCUUAAGAGUCUUUUUGAAAAAAAAAAAAAAAUUCCCUUGGUGCUUGUAAAAUUACGUCAAACUUACCCUGUCAAAAUUAUAUGGACUAUGGCUCUCUCCAGUGAGCUCAAGGCCUGCCAAAUGGUAGCUUUUCUUUUAACUUCACUGGUACUGAUUUUUCUAGUUCUUUAGUAACCAAACCGUCUGCAUUUUGUGAUAAGGGAACAUUGAGAUCGGCUGUUUUUGUGUUCUUGUUUAUAUUUUUACUUUUGUUGUGCUACAGUGGAAGCAUGUUGUACAAAAUGCGUUUGUUUACAUACUGGUUUUUUGUUUUUGUUGUAAAACUUAUCUUACAUAAUUUUCAGUUGGGCCAAUCUAGUCUUACAACUAUAAGAUCUAGAAUUACAAAAUUUUCAAUUAAAAUUGGAACAAAAUGAGCAUGUGAAUUGAAAAUAUAAUGGAAACAAAUUUCCCAUAAAAAUUUUAACGUCUAAAUUCAUAGGAAAUAUAAUUAAAAAUUUAUUUUAUUUGUAUCAUUUUUAAUUGCCAUUGCCCAUGGAGAACUAAAUCAUGAGUUUUAAAAAUAUAAUACUCAUAAUUAUUUCCAGUUUUAUUAUAAUAUUUUGUAAUCUAUAAUCUUUUGCCAUUUUUUAAUUAUUCAAAUUAUUUUUGGAAAUUUUUAUUUGAUUCAAGGAUGGAAAUAGAUUCGAGUUCUUUUUAAUUUGUUUUAUUUUUGAAAAUAUUAACCACACAAGUGGCUAGUUUUCAACUUUCAGUUAUUAAUUCUAGUUUUUAGUGUUUUUCAUGUGAGGGCCCUGGGUUUUUUAGAUUGCUGAUUUUUGCUUUGUGUGGAGAACAGGCGGGAAUUGUGAAGAAGGAACAUAUAAAGAUCCACGGGUUCUGAGUUGUCGCAAGUCUUUCAUCCUCCAAAGAGUUGCAUAUGCUGUUUCCGUGCAGAUCAUGCUGCGUCUUAAAACUCACUCCAGAAUAUAGCGUUGCUAUAAAUACUCUCCCCCUUUUAUCUUAUUGUGUAGGACACAUGAAAACAUUUGCUUGUAGGGUGCCUUCUUGUUUACUGCAUUCGAUGUAAUGUGUGAUGAUUAUGGGUAAUGUGAUGGUUUUAAUAUCUAUCCAUAAUAAUAUGGUUAUAGACACGGGUCUCUUGCUCCA